AUGGCAAAGCCCCACUGCAGAGAUAGCUUGAAGGAAAAACUCCAAGAAGAAUUUCUGUCCUGUAAAAUAUGCUUUGACCCUCUCAAACGCCCCAAGGCUUUGCCUUGUCUGCACUCAUUCUGCCAAGUAUGCCUCAGGGACUACGUUCGACGAAACCCUGGAAACCGCCCAGGCUACUUCCCUUGCCCCAUGUGUCGUAAGAGCACAGAGGUGCCGGCGGAGGGAGUGGCAGGUUUUCCUGACAAUUUCCUGCUCACCAGCCUAGCUGAUACCAUACAUGAGGACACUUUGGAUCCAUCCCUUGGACAUCAACAGCAUCAGACAACCCCACCACGUGACUUGUGUCCUCCUUCCCCUAGGGAACAGAGACACAGAAAUUAUGAUUGGUACUUUGGCAAAGUCAGCCGCAAUGCCUCAGAAGAAUGGCUACUAUCACCUGGUCACCUAACUGGAACAUUUUUGAUUCGCUUAGGAGAAAUGACCCCAGAUACUUAUACAUUGAGUGUGAGAGACUGUGAUGAGCUUCGUGGCUGUCUGGUGAAACAUUACAAAAUUAUGACUAAACGGGUGCCAGAGUCAGGCAAGGAGUGCUACUUCAUCACCAGGCAGAGAGUGUUCCAGUCAUUGGCUGAUUUAGUUAAACAUUAUCAGGAAUCUGCUGAUGGACUGUGCUGUAAGCUGUUGACAACCGUUGCCAAACCAAGGUCUCUGGUCUGGGCCAUGGAAAGAGGCAAAGAUGAUGAGUACAUGACAGAGAGAAGCACAUUACAUCUCAUCAGGCGACUGGGCAGCGGGCAGUUCGCAGAAGUAUGGCAUG